AUGGAGCUCGUAUCGAACAAGGCCGUUGCGACCUCAAAACCGUUUAGAUUUCUGAUCGGCCCUCAUCAAACAGAAUACACUAUUCACUCAAGUCUUGUCGCACACCAGUCACCAGCUCUUGCUGCCAUGGUGAAUGGAAAAUCCCAAGAGUCACGAGAAUAUUCUGUCAAAUGGGACGACGUAGAUGAGAUGGUCUUCAACAGUUUCUGGCAGUUUGUCUAUACAGGAGACUACGACACUCCAGAACCACUUCGGCCCACUCGGAAGACUUCCGGCCGAGAGGACCAUAAAUCAGGUACUGCUCACGAACCUGCAGAAGUAGAAGCAGAAGCAGAAGCAGGACCAGCAGCAAUACCAGAAGUAGGAAUAGAAGAAUUACUCUCAGCUUUCCCAGAUUGGCCAAACGUAUCAGCAACAGAAACAGAAUCAGAAUCAGAAUCAGAACCAGAAGCACAAGCACAAGCACAAGCACAAGCUGUUUAA